CCUUCUCCAGGAGCUUGCCUUCUGCCCGCACCCACGCCCCACCUGCCCACACCCACUCCCGGCCUCGGCUACCUGGGAGCCCAUUGGGCCCCUCCCCGGCCCGCCCUGUCUAGGGCAAUGUGUACCUCUCUUCCUGCUCAGACCUACCCUCCACCUCGGCCAUGGAGUUUGAUCUCUCUGCAGCCCUAGGUGCCGAUGCCAAGAAGACUGAGAAGGGAGGUCUGCCGCAGGGCCCCCCCAAGCCUGGGGAACCCGCCCGGCCUAGGCCUGCGACCUCGGACUCCAGCAGCAGCAGCAGCUCCAGCUCCAGCGACUCUGACUCAGAAGUGAAGCAUCGGGGGCCUGGCCAAGAGCCCCAGAAAAUGAAAAAACCGAAGAAAAUGAAGACGGCCAAAGAAAAGCGAGAGAAGAAGGAAAAAGGGAAGAAGGGGAAGAAGGCGUCAGCCCCCUGAAGGCAUCCUGGGUCCCCAUUAAGCCCCACCCUAGAGAAGGAAUAAAUCCCCCCCAAUAAAAGCCAGCACCAGUCAGCAGCA